GGGCUGGGGGGAGGGUAUAUAAGCGGAGACGGCGACAGCGCGCUCGACGCCGAUCGAGACAACACUGAGUGACCAACUUGAGGGUUUUGCGAGUGCUAGAGGUAAGCGCCGCGGCCUUUUUCCCCAACCCUGCCCCUUGCUUCGGCAGCUGCUCCUCCUGACCCCAGACUUCGGCCCCCUUCAGGUCGGUAAUCUUCGUUCUUUUCCGUGCCUCGGGCUGUGGCUGGAUUGAUUGCCUGUCUGCUGAGCUACUGGCUGACUGCGCCGGCAAAAUGAAACUGUCCCUGGUGGCGGCGGCGGUGCUGCUGCUCCUCGGCGCGGCUAAUGCCGAGGAGGAAGACAAGAAGGAGGACGUGGGCACGGUGGUCGGCAUCGACCUGGGGACCACUUACUCCUGCGUCGGGGUGUUCAAGAACGGCCGCGUGGAGAUCAUCGCCAAUGAUCAGGGCAACCGCAUCACGCCGUCUUACGUGGCCUUCACUCCUGAAGGGGAGCGUCUGAUCGGCGAUGCAGCCAAGAACCAGCUCACCUCUAACCCUGAGAACACGGUCUUCGAUGCCAAGCGGCUCAUUGGCCGCACUUGGAAUGACCCGUCUGUGCAGCAGGACAUCAAGUUCUUGCCGUUCAAGGUGGUUGAAAAGAAAACUAAGCCAUACAUUCAAGUAGACAUUGGAGGUGGGCAAACAAAGACAUUCGCUCCUGAGGAAAUUUCUGCCAUGGUUCUCACUAAAAUGAAAGAAACUGCUGAGGCAUAUUUGGGAAAGAAGGUUACCCAUGCAGUUGUUACUGUACCAGCCUAUUUCAAUGAUGCCCAGCGCCAAGCAACCAAAGAUGCUGGGACUAUUGCUGGACUGAAUGUUAUGAGAAUCAUCAAUGAGCCUACAGCAGCGGCUAUUGCUUAUGGCCUGGAUAAGAGGGAGGGUGAGAAGAACAUCCUGGUGUUUGACCUGGGUGGUGGAACCUUCGAUGUGUCUCUUCUCACCAUUGACAAUGGUGUCUUUGAAGUCGUGGCCACUAAUGGAGAUACUCAUCUGGGUGGGGAAGACUUUGAUCAACGUGUCAUGGAACACUUCAUCAAGCUGUAUAAGAAGAAGACUGGCAAAGAUGUGAGGAAAGACAACAGAGCUGUACAGAAACUCAGACGUGAGGUAGAAAAGGCCAAACGGGCCCUGUCUGCGCAACAUCAGGCAAGAAUUGAAAUUGAGUCAUUUUAUGAAGGAGAAGACUUUUCUGAAACCCUAACUCGGGCCAAAUUUGAAGAACUUAACAUGGAUCUGUUUCGUUCCACUAUGAAGCCUGUUCAGAAAGUGUUGGAGGAUUCUGAUUUGAAGAAAUCUGAUAUUGAUGAAAUUGUUCUUGUUGGUGGUUCUACUCGAAUCCCAAAGAUUCAACAGCUGGUUAAAGAGUUCUUCAAUGGCAAGGAGCCAUCCCGUGGCAUUAACCCAGAUGAGGCUGUAGCUUAUGGUGCUGCUGUCCAGGCAGGAGUACUCUCUGGUGAUCAAGAUACAGGUGAUCUGGUGCUGCUUGAUGUGUGUCCCCUUACACUUGGUAUUGAAACUGUGGGUGGUGUCAUGACCAAACUGAUUCCAAGAAACACUGUAGUGCCCACCAAGAAGUCUCAGAUCUUUUCUACAGCUUCAGAUAAUCAACCAACUGUUACGAUCAAAGUCUAUGAAGGUGAACGACCCCUGACAAAAGACAAUCAUCUUCUGGGUACAUUUGAUCUUACUGGAAUUCCACCUGCUCCCCGUGGGGUCCCACAGAUUGAAGUCACCUUUGAGAUAGAUGUGAAUGGCAUUCUUCGAGUGACAGCUGAAGACAAGGGUACAGGGAACAAAAAUAAGAUCACAAUUACCAAUGACCAAAAUCGUCUGACACCUGAAGAAAUUGAAAGGAUGGUUAAUGAUGCUGAGAAGUUUGCUGAGGAAGACAAAAGGCUUAAGGAGCGAAUUGACACGAGAAAUGAAUUGGAAAGUUAUGCCUAUUCGCUCAAGAAUCAGAUUGGCGAUAAAGAAAAGCUGGGGGGUAAACUUUCCUCUGAAGAUAAGGAAACCAUGGAAAAAGCUGUCGAAGAAAAGAUUGAAUGGCUAGAAAGUCACCAAGAUGCUGACAUUGAAGACUUCAAAGCGAAAAAGAAGGAACUAGAAGAAAUUGUUCAGCCAAUUAUCAGCAAACUUUAUGGAAGUGCAGGUCCUCCUCCAACUGGUGAAGAUGAAACAGCAGAGAAAGAUGAAUUGUAGACACUGCUCUGCUAGUGCUGUAAUAUUGUAAAUACUGGACUCAGGAACUUUUGUUAAGAGAAAAUUGAGAGAACUUAAGUUUCGAAUGUAAUUGGAAACUUCACCUCUGAGUGGAGUUGAAAAUGCUAUAGCCUAAGUGGCUGUUUACUGCUUUUCAUUAGCAGUUGCUCACACGUCUUGGGGUGGGGGGAAAGGAGAAUUGGCAAUCUUAAAACACUGGGUAAAAACAAUGGGUUGGGAGUGUGCUCACCUUGGAAAUGGUCUAUUUAACAAUUGGGUCAUGUGCAUCUGGUGUAGGAACUUUUUUCUACCGUAAGUGACACCAAUAAAUGUUUGUUAUUUACACUGGUC